GGCCACGGAGAAACAAUGUGUGGAGGGCAGUGCAAGUUUCACGGCUUGUGGGAAGUUUGUCGGGUAGAAAGGUGCCCCGUGAUGCUGGUGGUAGCACACCAGGCACCCCAUGAAGACGCAGUGGUGGAAUGUAACUCAAAGCUGGACCCCACCCAGACUUCUUUCCUCAAGAUGGCCGACUCUGGAGGUCAGCCCCAGCUGACUCAGCCAGGCAAGCUGACCGAGGCCAUCAAGUACUUCCUGCAAGGCAUGGGCUACAUGGCCUCGUCCUGCAUGACUCGCCUGUCCCGUUCUCGCACAGCUUCCCUGACCAGUGCGGCAUCCAUUGAUGGCAGCCGGUCCCGCUCUCGCACCCUGUCCCAGAGCAGCGAGUCUGGGGCGCUCCCUUCAGGGCCCCCAGGGCACACCAUGGAGGUCUCCUGUUGAACGGCCCUUGUUGCCCUGGUGCCGGACCCAGCCCUCACCUCCCCCAGCACUAACCUGGGAGGUGCAUAGGGCACUGGGCCAGAAUGAACAAGGGAAGAUGGGCCGAUCAUGUGGGGAGAUGACCUUGAUCUUUGAUUGCUUCCCUAACCUUGACCUCUAACCUGUGAUUCCCCUCAGCUUCUGAGAGAGAGAUCCUAAUAUCUCUUAGGGACCCAGACCGCUAAAUGACCCCUCUCCCUCAUUCUGGUUUAAGGUGGAGAGGGUGUGUGUCCCCCUCCCUAAUCUAGUGGCUGUAGAUGAGGGAUAGGAGGUUGCUGUAGUUGUCCAUGGUGCCUCCCCCAGACUCGCCCUGCUCAUCCCGUUGCAAGGGUAGGGCUGGGUCUCCAUUCACCAAAGCGGAUAUGGCUUCUCAUUAACCCCUCAGAUCUCUGAAGGAUAUGGGCCUAAAUGAAUGUGUCAGGGGAGGCUUGCUGGUGGGUUAGUGGUCCUCAGGAUGUGAGAGAAACAUCCAGAACAUGAAUGGAAGUUGGACUGGGAGGUGGUGGGCAAUGAACAAGUUUGAGGAAAGGAUUGGAGCUGGGGCAAUAGGAAGGGGCCUGGGGCCAUUGGCUGCACUAACUGGUAGCUGUCUAGACUGUGUGCGUCUAGAGUGGGACGGGUAGGACCCAACCUGGGGCAGGGCUGCUUGGGGCUUGGCAUAGGGGUGGAAAGGGCUACUUUGGGGCUCUGACCACAGCGUGUUAUGUGUGGAAGGUGCUCUCCUGUCUCCCACAACUUCUGCUGUAACAAUAAACUGUAGAGGAAUCUGAGCACCAUUA